GCACGAACAUAUUACAGUGUGACACAGAGUAGCACAGCCAUGUGGACGGUGUCGCGUUGACUUCGAAGUUGAUGUUUUAGAGCUGUUGUUGUUUGUGUUUUGUCGAAAUAAUGAACGAAGGCGCCGUCGGCGGCUUAAACAUAGUGUACCAACAACUACUGUGAGGUUGUUGACUAUAUUCGCCAGCUGUACAUCGAGCUGAAUAAUGGGGAAAUCAAAGACCAAGAACCAGAAGAAAUCCCGAUCCUUAGCCAACCAUGUGGCCGAGGAGACGUAUGGAGCAGUGCCCCACUCUUUCGUGUUUCAUCGGGGCCAGGUUGGAAAAAACGUGGGUGAUCUCAUCGUGGACGUACGGAGAGUUAUGGAGCCCUACACCGCGGAGUCCCUGAAGGUCAGGAAGAAGAACGUGCUUAAAGACUUUGUGGCAAUAGCAGGACCACUGGGAGUGACACACUUCAUGAUCUUCAGUAAAACACCCAGCAGUGUCAACAUGAGACUCGCUCGACUUCCCAAAGGCCCCAUGCUUCAUUUCAAAGUCCUCAAGUAUUCUCUCAUCAAAGAUGUGGUUUCGUCUUUGAAGAAGCACAGGAUGCAUGAGCAGCAGUUCACCCAUCAUCCACUGCUCAUCCUCAGUAACUUUGGAACGGAUGGCAUGCAUGUCAAACUCAUGUCCACCAUGUUCCAAAACAUGUUUCCUUCCAUAAAUGUGCACAAGGUUAGCCUGAACAACAUCAAGAGGUGUGUGCUGUUGAGUUACAACCCAGAGACACAAGAAAUUCAGUUUCGACAUUACAGCCUGAAGGUGGUCCCUGUGGGCAUGAGCCGUGGAGUCAAGAAGCUCAUGCAGGAGAAGUUCCCCAAUAUGAGCAAGUUGGAGGAUAUUAGCGAGCUGCUGAUGAAGAGUGCAAACCUUUCAGAAAGUGAAGCUGAACAAGACGGGGAGCACAACAUAACUGAACUGCCGCAGGUCUACUCCGGAAGAGGCAACAUGACGUCGCAACAGAGUGCUGUCCGUUUGACCGAAAUUGGUCCUCGAAUGACACUGCAGCUGAUGAAGAUUCAAGAAGGGAUGGGCGACGGCAAUGUCCUCUAUCACUCUAUGAUCUCCAAGACAGAGGAAGAAAUACAGGAGAUCCUGAAAAGGAAGGAAGCCCAGUUAAAAGAGAAGGAGAAUCGCCGAAAAAAGCAGGACCAGAACAUUGCUCAGAAGAAAGAGAAACGGGAAGAGCACAAGAAAAAAAGUCUGGAAGGCAUUAAGAGGAAACGGGCCGAAGCUGAAGAUGACAGCGAGGUGGAGGAUCCAGGGAUGGAGGACGAUCGGGUCAUCGUUGAAUCCGACGAUGAGGUCGAGUACUACAGGCAGGCUGUGGGAGAGGAGCCGGAUGAAGACAUGUUCCCCACCGCCAAAAAGAGGCCGCGCUUACAGCACUCAGAGAAGUCUCACGGGCCUACCAAGAAGAGGAAACCAUCUGCUGGUAAAUCAUCAUGGAAUGGCACAGAUAAUAAAGCAAUGAGAAAGGGUCCAGGAGGACAGCACAGAGACAAAAGAGGAAAAGACCAGCAGAAAAAAGGAUGGAAGAAAUCCAGGGAUGAGGAGAAACCCUUUGGAAAGAAAAUGAAACCUACAGGAAAGGCGUUCGGAGCAAAGAGAAUGGGAGAUGGGGGAAAUAAAUUUGGUGGGAAAAGGAAAUUUGACGGCAAGAAAAACAAAGACAAUUUCAGAUCUAGAGAUCAGAAAGGCAAGUCUGGGUUCAAGAAGAAAGGUGCAGGGACAAAGAGAGGCUUCACACAGAGGAAGGGAAAAGGCUUGCGGACUCUGACUCUGUUCAGUCUCUCUAACGGAAAGCCAAAAAGCAAGAUGCAGAACUUCUCCUUGUGUGAGAAGUUUCAAAUCCACGUUCUGCCCUCUGUGUAUGGGGUCGAGUUCUUGGUGGCCCUCGCCGGAAACCUGUUCGCCCUGUGGCUGCUGGUGACCAGAGAAAGAAGAAACUGGCACACGGGUGUUGUCCUGUCCUGUAACCUGGCCAUCAGUGACCUGCUGUACGUCCUGACUCUGCCCUUGCUGAUUGUCUACUACUCGCUGGACAAAAACUGGAUUUUUGGCAACGCCAUGUGCAAAAUCGAGAGGUUUCUCUUCACCUGCAACUUAUACGUGAGCAUCUUCUUCAUCAUGGCGAUAAGCGUGAACCGCUGCGUGGCCAUCCUUUGCCCCUUCUUCACCCGCUCCUACGUGGAGCCGGCGCACGCCAAGGCCGUCAGUGUCAUCAUCUGGGUUAUUGUAGGCGUCAUCUCCUGCCCCGUGUUUAAAUUCGCCUCUGUUUGUCAACAUGGACACAAGACUCAGUGUGACUCUUUCUGUGGCCAGAUUUAUGAAAAGGACCACUUCACCUACAAACUGUUUCUCGCUGUGUUCGGGUGCCUGGUUCCCUUCUUUGUCACUUUCGCUUCUUAUUGUGCAGUCACUUGGGCGGUGUGGAAAAAUGCCAGUGUUACCGCACUUGAGAAGCGCAAAGUGGUCCUGCUAGUCGUAUCGGCGAUUGUGCUGUACGCCGUUUCCUUUGUGCCGUAUCAUUUCUCGCAGCUGUAUCACUUAUAUCUCAGACUGAAGCAUACCAAGAGCACUGUCUGUUGGGUGUACAAAUCGUACCAAGUGUCAAAGGGACUGGCCACUUUGAACAUGUGUAUUCACCCAGUUCUUUACAUGGCUGUGUUUGACAGUAUGAGAGUGGCAUGCUGUGGGAAGAGUACAGACGACAAUAUCGGGGAAACGGUGAGAAAGUAGAUCUGCUGCUUAGUUGCAUCUGUGUAUAGGACAUCCUUAUAUUUUUAUACUGAAAUGCUCAACAAUUUUUUUUUAAAAAAAUGUUUCUAUCCGUCUGAAGUCUUGUAUUACUUGCUGCCUGUUCUGUAUAGUUAACUUGAUAAUGUAACCAGCUGCAAUAAAAACAUAGAGAUAAUAGAAGAUUUGACUAAUCAAAUGAUCAACUUCCGCUCUAACUCAUAUCGGGAAUAAAUGCUGGACUGGAGAACUGUC